ACAAAGUCGCGACCACCAUGUCUUCCUCACGCCGAUUCCUCUCGCUUCUGCCCAAGCUAGGCCGGGCUGGUGCCCUGCGUGCUAGCGAGCACGCGACAGCGACCGGCUCAUUGAUUUUCACUCGCGGCUUCGCCGACGAUGCUAACCUCAAGAAGACGGUGCUUUAUGACUUCCAUGUGGCCAAUGGAGGCAAGAUGGUGCCCUUCGCCGGCUGGUCGAUGCCCAUCCAGUAUAAGGACAGCAUCAUGGAGUCGACUGUUAACUGUCGUCAGAAUGCAUCGCUGUUCGAUGUAUCCCACAUGUGCGGGCUCACGCUAAAGGGCCGCGACGCCAUCCGCUUCCUGGAGGGUCUGGUGGUGGGCGACCUGGCGGGUCUGCGCCCCGGCAGCGGCACCCUCUCCGUCUUCACCAACGAGCGCGGCGGCAUCAUCGAUGACACCAUCAUCACCAAGGUCAGCGAGCAGGAGCUGUACGUGGUGGUGAAUGCGGGCUGCCGCGACAAGGACCUGGCGCACAUCGGACAGCACCUGCAGGCAGCUAAGUCCCGCGGCCUGGACGUCUCGCUCACCCUGCAUGACGACCGCAGCCUGCUGGCGCUGCAGGGCCCCGCGGCGGCCGGCGUGGUGGCGCGGCUGCUGGGCGGUGGCCAGGGGGGGCAGCAGCAGCUGGCGGGGAUGUACUUCAGCGAGUUCCGGGAGAUGCAGCUGGCGGGGGCGGAGUGCUGGGUGACGCGCACGGGCUACACCGGCGAGGACGGCUUCGAGAUCAGUGUUCCCUCGCAGCAGGCGCUGCAGCUCACGCAGGCCAUCAUGGAGAGCCCGGAAGUGCGGCUGACGGGUCUUGCCGCCCGCGACGCGCUGCGUCUGGAGGCGGGUUUGUGUCUGUACGGCAACGACCUGAACGAGGACAUCAGCCCCGUGGAGGCGGGUCUUGCGUGGACCAUCGGCAAGCGGCGGCGGGAGGCGGGCUUCGACUUCCUGGGCGGCCAGGUGGUGAAGCAGCAGCUGGCGGAGGGGGUCAGCAAGCGGCGUGUGGGUUUCGUGUGCUCCGGCGCCCCCGCCCGCCAGCACAGCGCGGUGCGCACCCCCGAUGGGCGCCAGGUGGGCGAGGUAACCAGCGGCGCCUUCAGCCCCUGCCUCAAGAAGAACAUCGCCAUGGGCUACGUGGACAAGGAGGUCGCCAAGGCGGGUACCCCGCUCAAGGUGGAGGUGCGCGGGCGGCUGAGCGACGCGGUGGUGACCAAGAUGCCAUUCGUGCCCACACCCUACUACAAGCGCCCGCAGGAGGCCAAGAAGUGAACGUGAAGGGGGGGGAAGAGGUGUUAAGAUGUGGGGAGGAGGUGGAUAAGGCAGGGUGAAGGGGAAGGAGGGAGGGAGGGGGGCGUAGGAGCAAAAGAGGAGGAGGAUGGAGGGUAGGUGUGGAGGGGAUUGGAAGCAGCGAGAGAGAGAGAUGCGACCGCGACAGUGCUGUCGUGGUGUGUCUACAUGUUUCACGUUUCUCAGGACGGAUGGAUAGCGCUUCAUGGGUCGCUGCAAGCCACACGCCUAGCACGAAUAAUGAGGGGCCGCCCGCCAUCUGGCUGUUGAGGAGGGCAACUCCCGAGGAAAGCAACGCAUCCUCUUCCGCUUCGGCUUGCUGACAGCGCCGGGCUGAUGGGCUGCGGACGUCCGCAGCACCCGACUGCUUUGUAAAGGAGAGGUGCAUGUGUCUGCAUGCAUUGGGAAGGGCAGGGGGUGGCGUUGCGGGAGGAGGGGGACUAGCGGAGCCUGGUACACGCCUGCUGCUCCCGUGGCUUGCAGCAUGUGCCUUGUGAGGGUUGUCAUGUUGAGGUCAGGAAAGAGAACGGAACAACAAGCAGCAGCAGGUUGUAUGUUUGGGCAGGAGGAGAAGGUGAAGGAGAGGUGUGCCAGUAGCAGUUAAUAAGGUAAUGAGAGGCGGG